GUCAUGCUAGUAAACAGUUACGCUUCCGUCUUAGUUGGAGAAUGGCUGAUUUCGAUACUAUAUACCAAGAAGACGAUGCUGAAGUACCUUUAGAAGAAUUUAUCAUCACUGUUCCCGAUCCAGUAGUAAUUCGAGGGGCAGGAAAUGUCACAAUAUUUGGUCUUAGCAAUAAAUUUGAUACCGAAUUUCCAUCAGCCCUUUCAGCAAAGGUGGCUCCUGAAGAAUAUAAAGCCACAAUGUUACGCAUCAAUAGUGUCCUAAGGAAAGCACUGCCUGUUAAUGUAAAAUGGUUGUUCUGUGGCUGUGUAUGUUGCUGCUGUACCCUGGGCUGUUCACUGUGGCCAGUUGUUUGUCUCAGUAAAAGGACACGACAUUCUAUAGAAAAAGUUAUUGAAUGGGAAAACAAUCACCUGUAUCGUAAGCUUGGUCUAAACUGGCGACUGAGUAAACAACGAUGUGAUUCAAGCAGUAUGAUGGAAUAUGUAUUGAUGAUAGAAUUCAUUCCUAAAAUUCCCAUAUUUCGACCGGACUGAUGGUCAUUCUCUGUGGACCUUUCUUUUGUUUUGGGAGCUGGCAUGCUGUACUUGAAGUCUUUCAUGGUUACCAAUGGGAAUUGGGAGGAGGUUAACAUUGCUACAACCGAACAUGUCCCCUCCCAUUGCUGCUGCUGCUGCUGCUGUUGAGGGCUGUGGAAUCCUGGAACUUUAUACUAUCGGUUAAUUUGUCUUACUCGUUGCUGGGUUGACUCUAGUCCUCUCUUCUACCUCUUUCUCUCUCUCUCUCUCUCUCUUGUAUAGCUUUUUGAGUUACUUAAACAUAAACAAAAUAAACUCGAUAAAGUAUACACACUCACACACAUCAAUCCAGAGAUACAUGCCACUUUUCCACUUUCUCAUAAUUUCCCACUCCCCACCGCACUCUUAGACACGACCACUUUUCCACACUAUUCAGUAUUCUCACUUUUUCCACACACACACACACACACACACACACAGUCAUCUGCGUACACUCAGAUUUUCUCAUGCACACACACAUACGUACAUAUA